AUGGCGAACCAGCGUCUAAGAGACAUAAGGGACAGCCUGAUUCUGACAGAACACCCCGAGCUCCACGAAGUCGACAAGUUAAAGGUUUCCCACAGGCAACAGGCUCUCCGGGUUUUGCCUUGCUGCCACUCGGAGAGCACUCACCCGUACGAGGCUUUAUCCUACGUAUGGGGCUCUGAGGGCAAGCCUCGGUCUAUCUCUAUAGACAACUAUGACUUGGCCGUCGGGGUAAACCUUCACGCGGCGCUAUCACAUCUUCGAGAUCGCUUUAUUGAACGAAUCAUAUGGAUAGAUGCUAUUUGCAUCAACCAAGCAAACUCGAACGAGAAGGGACAGCAGGUUCAGUCUAUGGCGAAAAUCUAUGCUAAAGCAAGUCGUGUAAUUGUUUGGCUUGGAGAGGCGGCAGCCAGCAGCGACCAAGCCCUCGAAGAAAUACGCAUCGCUGCAGUCACGAAUCCCGCAAUCCACAAAACGAACCACCAGCAAGCCAUCCUCAAACUGCUUGAGCGGCAAUGGUUUCAGCGCAUCUGGGUCCUUCAAGAGGUUGCCGCAGCUCGACAUGUCCUGAUCAAGUGUGGUCCCACGGAGAUCGACGGAUAUGCGUUCUGCUUAGGCCUAAGCGCACUGGAGAUGUCUUAUGAAACCUGCCCAGACCGGGAGGGUCUGAUCCGUUCAGUAGCCUACCUGAUAAGAGGCGCAGUCUUCCGGCCUCGGUACCAAACUAGUCGGCCAAGCAGGUUUUCUCUGGAUAUAUGCCCUCUGGGUGAGCUGGUAGAUAUGUACCACACGCGCAAUGCUACUGACCGUCGCGAUAAGGUUUAUGCCUUGCUCGGCAUGAGCUCUGAUGAUUCUAGCAUCGCCGGGUUAUCGGCCAACUAUGAGAUUUCAUGGGGACAGCUCUUCCGGCAACUCGUCAACUUCUUCUCCGAACGGGUGUCUGCAGACACUUGGGAUGAUAAGGAGAUGGCGGUAAUCAGGGGCAAGGGCCGCGCUCUAGGCGAAGUGUCCUCAGUCGAGGGAAUUGGCCGGGAAGACAGACAGCACGUGGGCAUUACUUGGAAGAAUGGGUCUGGCUAUGGUGGACUGAGUUCCCGCUGGACCUUCCAGGCCUCAGCCAAAUCUGUCCAGAAUGGGGAUGCCGUCUGCCUUCUACAAGGAGCAUCGAGGCCUACAAUCAUCAGACCAUGCCACGAUUAUUCGGCCGUUAUACUGAUUGCAGCUCCCCUUCCAGACGAUCGAACUGCGAGCGUCAAGUGGUCGGAGCUUUUACGAUCGAUAGAAACCUUUCCAAAUGAUCUUCUACUCAUUUGGGAUUGGAAUGUGUCUGGAGACAAGUCGCAAGAUGGAGAAGACUAUCAAAAUAUCAUGACGAGUUCAACGACGGGGUUGCAAGACUAUCUGGACAAGGCGACCAGGUUACGAGAUGUCGGACUGUUACAACAUGGCAUAGAAAGGUAUGAAGAUGCAGCAAAGAGUCUCCGGGAGGCAGUAAAGGUUUGUGACACAGCAUUGAGAAGCGUGGACAGCCCAGAAUUGGCUGCUCCAGGUUAUGGCCCACGGAAAAAGGCGAUAUUGGAUCUACUCAUCGAAGACAAGGAAGGAUGGGCGCCGCUGUGUUUAGCGGCAUGGAACGGGAACGAGGCGAUCGUCAAGCUGCUGCUCGACACCGGCAAGGUCGAUCCGGACUGCAAGGAUAAAGAUGAACGGGCGCCAUUAUCGUAUGCCGCAGAGAAGGGGCACGCAGAGGUGGUAUCGGUGCUGAUUGGGAAGAAUUCCAACGUUAACGUGACAGAGAAAGGUGGCGCUACACCGUUGGCUCGAGCAAUUGACAACAGGUCCAAGGAUGUUCUCGAAACACUACUCAAGAACGGCGCAGAGUUGAAUUACAUAUAUGAAGUCUCUGAAGUAAGUGAACCUGGUGCGAUCCUCUGUAUCGAAUGGAUGACUGACGCCGCUCUCUUUGGUGUUGUAACACCACUAUUGCGGGCCGUGGAGAAAAAUGACAGUUAUGCAAUAGAGAAGCUGCUGGCAUACGGCGCCCGACCGACUUUGGAUGACAAACUCCCCCUCACGCCACCCGAACUAGCGGAGCGUCUUGGCCAUGAGAAGAUUGUUGAUAUGUUGAAACCCUAUACACGUGGCGAUCAAUUCAAUCUGGGAGGUCGACCGAGUUGA